AUGGAGUUCUCAGGGUGCCCUGCUGCUGCCGGUGUUGCCGACCAGGCCCAGGAGGCGGAGCAGGCGGAGAAGGAGGGCCACGCCCAGGUUCUAUUUGAUGAGUUUGUCCAGGCGUCCACCUGCAGAACGACACUCCGUGCCUUCAACCUGCUGUGUGAGCACCUUCAGCUCACACACACACACACACAGCCACAAAAAUACUCCCCGACGCAGCCGCAGCGGCCUUUCUACCACACCCUCAAAGAACGCCUCAGCUACUGGAAGGCCAACGCACUGUGGGCCAAACUGGACAAACGGGCAGCCCACCACGAGUACGGGAAGGGCCGUGUCUGUGCCAACACCACGUGUGUGAUCAUUGGGGCGGGGCCGUGUGGUCUGCGUACAGCAGUAGAGCUGGGGUUCCUGGGGGCCAGAGUGGUGCUGUUGGAGAAGAGAGAUGCCUUCUCCAGGAACAACGUCCUCCACCUCUGGCCUUUCACCAUCCAUGACCUCAGGGGCCUCGGGGCCAAGAAGUUCUACGGAAAGUUCUGUGCUGGAGCCAUUGACCACAUCAGUAUACGGCAGCUACAGUUGGUGUUAUUAAAGGUAGCUCUGUUGUUGGGGGUGGAAGUCCAUGUCAACGUAGAGUUCAAGGGACUGGUGGAGCCACCUGCGGACCAGGAGCAACAGAAGGUAGGCUGGAGGGUGGAGGUGAAACCCAAGUCUCACCCUAUUAACACACUGCAGUGUGACGUGGUGAUCGGAGCUGAUGGACGACGGAACACACUGCCAGGGUUCAGGCGUAAGGAGUUCCGGGGCAAGCUGGCCAUUGCCAUCACAGCUAACUUCAUGAACCGUAACACCACGGCUGAGGCCAAGGUGGAGGAGAUCAGUGGAGUGGCCUUCAUCUUCAACCAGAGGUUCUUUCAGGAGCUACGGGAUGCCACGGGAGUGGACCUGGAGAAUAUAGUGUACUACAAGGACGACACGCACUACUUUGUGAUGACGGCUAAGAAGCAGAGUCUGCUGGAGAAAGGAGUCAUUCUGCGGGACUAUGCAGACACAGAAACACUUCUCUCACGGGGAAACGUGGACCAGAAUGCACUGCUGGCCUAUGCCCGCGAGGCGGCGGACUUCUCCACCAAUCACCAGCUGCCGUCCCUGGACUUUGCCAUGAACCACUACGGGCAGCCUGAUGUUGCGUUGUUUGACUUCACCUGUAUGUACGCGUCAGAGAACGCUGCACUGGUCAGACAGAGACAUGGACACCAUCUACUGGUCACGCUGGUGGGAGACAGCCUUCUGGAGCCAUUCUGGCCCAUGGGGACAGGUAUAGCACGGGGGUUCCUGGCAGCACUGGAUUCUGCCUGGAUGGUACGGAGCUGGGCUCAAGGCCUCGCCCCCCUGGACUUACUUGCUGAAAGAGAGAGUCUGUAUCGCCUCCUUCCUCAGACCACUCCAGAAAAUGUCAACAAAAACUUUGGUCAAUACACCGUCGACCCAGCUACCCGUUACCCUAACAUCAACCCUCAACUCAUCACCCCCGCACAGGUGGGCCAUCUAAUAUACACAGGAGAGAAUGGAGGUUCAGGUGUGGUCCAGGAACCGCAACCCCGAUCCCCCUUGCCGAAGCUACUACGACAGGAGUCCUUCUCUCGCUCCAGUAAGCUUUUGUCGUGGUGCCAGCAGCAGACGCAGGGUUACCGUGGCGUUGCUGUGAGCGACCUCACUACUUCCUGGAAGAGUGGCCUAGCUUUGUGCGCCCUCAUCCACCGCUACCAACCUGACCUCAUUGACUUUGCCUCUCUGGGGGAGGAUGAGGGGGAGGUGAAUAUGAGGUUGGGGUUGGAGGUGGCAGAGAAGGAGUUUGGCAUCUCUCCUGUGAUGACUGUCGAGGAGAUGGCGUCUGUCAGUGAAACGGACACUCUCUGUAUGGUCAUGUACCUCAGCCAGUUUCACCAGCUCUUCAAGGGGGCACUGCCCCCAAGUGAAUCCCAGACUGAGAGCCCAGAUGGGAGGGCUGCUGUGAUCGGUCCUGCCUCUCUCCUCAGCCGCCUGGGCCACAGCCCAUCCCGCAAGCGCAACCCCAAGGAGCAGAAGGAAAAGGAUGCAGUGGGGAAGAGAAGAAAAACCAGUCGGCCAUGUCUGGAGGACGUGAAACAAGAUCUCAGAUUAACGUCUCAGGACAGUUAUGAGGAACAGGCUGUCCUGUGCUCUGUGGGUGGAGCAAGCCAGAGCAGAGUGCGCUCGAUGGCCAAUCAGCUGCUGGCCAAGUUUGAGGAGAAUGCCCCUUGCCCCUCCUCCACGCCAGCUGCAGCUCUACGCAGACAGGCUGCUGUUCGCUCUGUGUUGGCAGGGCCGGGAGGGGCCAGUGACGUAUGUUUCUUCUGCAGCAAGAGUGUGUACGUGAUGGAGAGACUCAGUGUUGAGGGACUGUUCUUCCACCGGAGCUGCUUCCAGUGUGACCACUGCAGCUCCACCAUCCGCCUGGCCUCCUACGCCUACGACCGGCCUAACGGGAAGUUCUACUGUAAGCCGCACUAUGACGUCCGUCUGGUUGGGCCGGUCCAGAGGAAGAGAGCAACCCCUCCGACCUCCGAUCAGCCCCCAACUCCGUACGAACGGACCCCCUCUCAGCGGACCCUCCUGGAGUACCCAGCUGCUCUGUCCACUAACCCUCGCUCCUCAGUGACUGUGGUGACAGCAGAUCGCAGGUCCUCAGUGGCAUCUCUGAUUGAGAGGGAGUGUGGCUUGGCUAAGCGCGUGCGCGGCACGCCAGAACGUAUAGAGCUGGAGAACUACCGUGUGAGCCUGGGGAGCCUGGAGACUGAGCAGCUAACAGAUGAGCCGGAGGAGGUGCCAGAGGAGACGCUGGCCAAUUACAACCUCAGUCUGCUGGUGACAGAGGAGAAGAAGGCCAAUCACAAGCGCAGCCCGUUGCGGGACAAGAGCAACGAGGGCUCCAGUUCGGAAUCAGAGACGGAGGGGGAGGGGGAGAGGCAGCGGGCUCUAACCAAUGACCUGGCUAGAGACUCCUGGAGGAAGGCCAUGGAACUACACUCACUGCUGGUGGAAGGGGAGUACUCUCUGUGGGAGAGGGAGCGUCAUUCAGGUCUGUGGCUCCUCCCUCUAGAAGAGGUGGAGGAGACAGACUCCUCUGUCUUUACCUACUCCUCCCCUAACUCCUCCACCACCUCGGGCUGCUCCCCCGGUCCGGAACACAGGGCAUGCUGGGAUAGCCUGCCCCACCCUGCUGUGGAGGCGGAGUCACUGCAAAGCCCCGCCCCUCGCCCUGCACCUCGAUUUGCCCCCGCACCUAUCAUGGUUUCGGCUGUUGUGCGGGGGGUCGGGGGCAAGAAACUGAAUCCGUGGGACGUGGAUGGGGGAAGGGGGCCUGCCGCGGGGGGGUCUGUUGGGGCGGGGUCUCUUGGGGAGCAGCUGUGUAAGGGUGAAGUAAUAGACCCCUUAGAGGACAUCAGCCCCCCCUUGUCCCUCCUGAAGCCCCUUAAGGCAGUGCCCAGAGACGAGAGAGAAAUCGGGAGGAAGAGGGAGAUGGAGAGGAGGAGGGAGAUAGAGAGAGCAGCCAUGGGGGUGGGCUGGGAGGACAUGAAAAUCACCCUAGGAAGGGAGCCUCUCCCAGGGAAGAGCAUUGGAGGUCUGGACCCCCGCAGACUCACAGAGAGCCUGCCUCCCCUCCUCCUCACACAACUCCAGGGGGGCUCCCUCUUCUCUUCACGUAAGUGCCGCAGGGACAACCAGCCCCCCAGCCAGAGUGUGUCUGAAGCGGGCAUAGGAGAGGGUGGACCCCUGGGCCUGUGGAGAGCUGUCAUCUCUGGCUAUAAGAGGGACAGGAAGAAGAAGGGCAGGACUUCCCUUCCCAAUACGACAACAGCCCCAGCCCCCAAAGAGCAGAGCAAGAGGAAAACCUCUGCAGAGAGAAGAGGUGUGAAGUUCAGGGAGCGCCAGAGCUGGUCAGAGCCGGAGGAGUCAGACAUCACCUGCUCUGUUGUGAUGGAGAGAUGCUCCAUGAACCCCAAGGCCAACCUUCGUCUGGAGCUGUUUGACCUAGCGUCAGACCUCCAGAAGGAAACCAUUGAGGAGGAGGAGGAAGAGGAGAAUGAGGAAGGGGAGGUAUACCACUUUGUGGCAAGGCACGUGGGGAAAGAGAGGGAGCUGGACAGCUCCCCCCAUAUGGAUACACAGCGGAAGUCAUCGUGCCCUACGGAAGUGGUGGGGGUACUGGUGCACAUGAAGGACCUGAAGGACCCAUCCAGCCUGAAUGUGUCAGAGGCCAUGUUCCACAGAGACAGAGACCCAGAGGAGGAGCAGCUAGAUGCCAGGUUAACACGCAGAGUGCAGAGGGCAGCGCGCAAACAGGCCAAACAGGAGCAACUCAAGAGACUGCACAGAGCCCAGAUGAUCCAAAGGCAGUUGGAGCAGGUGGAGGAGAAGCAGAGGCAGCUGGAGGAGAGGGGUGUGGCUGUGGAGAAGGCCUUGAGAGGGGAAGCAGACUACUGGGGAGAGUCGAAUGACAGUGAAGAGCUGGACUUGCACCUGGGAGUCAUGGGCAGGCAGGAUGAUCCAGCUCUGAUGCAGCAGUGGUUCAAGCUGGUCCAGCAGAAGAACUGUCUGAUGCGCUAUGAGUCAGAACUCAUGAUAUUUGCUCGGGAGCUGGAGUUGGAGGACAGACAGAGCCGUCUUCAACAGGAGCUCAGAGAGAGGAUGGCCGUGGAUGACCACCUGAAGGGUGAGGCAGAGCUGGCUGAGGAGAAGCUAAUCCUGGGGGAGAUGUUGGAGGUGGUGGAGCAGAGAGAUGCUCUGGUGUCUCUGCUGGAGGAGCAGCGUCUGCAGGAGAGCCAGGAGGACAGAGACCUGGAGGCCAUCAUGCUGUCCCGGGGCCUGGGCCUGCACAACUGGGCAUGAGCUCUAUCCCAGGGCCUGCACAACUGGGCAUGAGCUCUAUCCUGCAAAACUGGGCCUGAACCUGAACAACUGAGCCUAAGCACAGACACGUCACUUCCCCUCUAAAGCUGCGAUCAGGGUCACGGUUGUGAGGUCACUUCCCCUCUGAUACAACGUUAUGACCAGGAUCAAGGCGGGACUGUGUAUGGAUGAUCAGUUUUUAGGAUUGAAGAUGUAUCCCCAAUCCCCACUGCUACACACAUCCUGCUAUACCCCUGACUGACUGACGGGCCUCUGAGACUGAUGGCUCUAUGCUCACUAUACUCACCCAGGCUGUUGUUAUGGCGAUA